GUCUAACGCGGGGAGUUUCUCAGAGUCUGAUGAUAGCUGGCGAAGUUUAGAGGCGCAAGAAGAAAAAAAGAAGAGAAGAGACCAAACACAUGUGAUCUGCAAACGAGUCCACAACACAGCGUCCGCCUUUUUCUCAUGGAGAAAAGUUAAGCCCGCAAAAGUCCAGCGGAUUACUUUAUCUGGCGGUGGGUUUUUUUUUAUUGACUUUGAGCAGCGGCAGCUGCGAUGUCCUUUUAAACAGGAGGGAGUCUGCUGCGGUGUUUGAGAAAGAGAGAGGCCUGAAACAUGAUGUCCAUUGGAAGUGAUAGCUGACACUGUAGAAUGAGAGAGGAUGGAACAGACAGACAACCCUGCCCCUGAGAGCAACAACCCUAAUGGGUUUGUCAACCGAGUGUUUAAUGUUUCUCUGGAUGUGGAGAAUGAAACCGGCAGUGUUUAUAUUCAGGAGACUGGGCCAGGGCCUGCAGAGGGGCAUGGGGAGACCCCGGUUGCCUCCUCUCAGGCCCCUGUCAAGGAAAGACAGGAGGUCAACCGGAGGACUCGUGCCACUGGGGGCAUCUGGAAGAUCUUGAAUCGAAAGAGAGCUGUCUCAGAGCUCGAGAGGAGACCCCACUCCAUGAUCUUGCCCGGGGAAGCUUCCAUCCCUAAACUCUCAUUUGCUGACAAAGUUCGCUCUUUUAAGAAGCUUAAAUCCCCUGCUGUCUUUAGAGGGAAGACAAGCAAACUGUCCACUGCCAAGUUUACCAGCUCAUUGGUGGAUGAGGAUUCUUUCUGCCGUGAUAUUGGCACUCCCCAACAGGCCAGCAGGGGCACACUUAGACACCGAGGCAAGAGGCAUUCGUAUGCUGGAUACACAGCAGAAUUUGACUGCUCGUUUGAAGACAUUGACCUGUCAGCUCCUAUGGAUGGCCAUCAGCCCACUGUACUGGGAGAGGCUGUGACUCAGAAUGGUUGUAAACCGUCUGAACGAGUUUCCUAUGCUAAAAGAAGCCACAACAAUUCAACCAACUGCAACAAAAGCACUGCAGGCUGUGAAGAGCCCAGCACUAAGAGUAGCCCGAGGACCCACCACAGUGCAGGAAGGAGGCACAAAGAUGUGUGGAGUUACCUGAGGAGGAUUUCCCUUUUGGGGAAGACCAAUCCUGUCUACUCAGAGAGGAGCUUUGACUCUGAGCUUCACUCACUGGACAAAACCAUGGAUUCAGACUUUGGUUCUGUAGACUUUGAGACAGUCAGAGACUGUCAGCCGCCACCCUCAAAACACCCGGACACCAAGGGGCACUUUGGCGGUCUGUUUAAAUUUUUCAACAGUGUAGCAGAGACAGCCAGAAAAUGGCGAACAACCUCACGCUCGUUCUCUCCUCCAGAAGGAGAGAGGAGCCCGAUGAACUCCCCACAGGCCCCACAGCGCACAGUGGACAACAUUCACAGUGUUUCUCUGACCCUCCACAAUGAAGGACUUCCAAAACCCCACCCCACCCCAUCAUCACCACUGACCGCUAAAUCCUCACACUCCAGUGGCUUUGACAGUGAGACGCCAGCACCUGUAACAGGUGGACGAUCCCCUCAGGUGGUGCUAAAAGCCUUCCGGGCAUGUUCAAGGUCUCGAGCUGUCAAUGGCGUUCAGAGUUUUGAGGUUACAGACAAACCUAUAGACAGCGAGACAAACCACAGGUCCACAGCCAUAGUAGAGAAUCAUAUCCCUUAUCCAGGUCCAAACACGGAGGCUAAAAAAGAGCUUGAAAGGGAUCAAUUCAACGGCCUUUGUCGAGAGGAAAAGGUAGAGGGACAGACAGGAAAUGAGCAGGAUUCCAGAGAUGCUCCACUUGACUCCCACCAGAUACAGGAGCCGAAUGUCCAAUCACAACAAGGUGAUAAAGAAAGCACAACCAAUAGCGUACCAGCAUCAGAUUCGACAGAGGAAAUAUUUAAGGCCUUGUCUCGCCCCCCGGGUGUGUCACCGUUAGAGCCUCCGCACAGAGCAUCUCUCCAGCGAUGUCGCUCCCUGCCCCUACCCCCCAGCACCCUCACUGCCCUGGCGCUGCUCCUGCCUCAAUCAGCACACAUGGGUCAGUCGUCAUCGUCUGUGCGUCUGCGGUCUGGAGGCUCCGGUAGCUGCAGGAGGAGGAGGCUGCUGAGACCUGGCUCAGAACCACUACAGGUCAACAUAUUGAUAAGUGGAGGGUCAAUCGUCAACGCUGAGGCGGUAUGGGACCAUGUGACCAUGGCGGACCGGGAGUUGGCGUUUAAGGCCGGUGACGUCAUCAAGGUUCUGGACGCCUCCAACAAGGACUGGUGGUGGGGCCAGAUUGAUGAGGAGGAAGGAUGGUUCCCUGCCAGCUUUGUACGGGUGGAACCCCACCCUCCUCAGCCCCAAACAAAACAGGUUUUCUAUAUCAACCCCAUAGCAACUCCACGGUUCCAAAACACCACGUCAAAGCUGUGGGUGAAUCAGGAGGACGGUGGAGCGGAGCCAGCCGAGGGGACCAGCGAGGUGCAGAACGGGCACCUGGAUCCAACCAAUGACUGCCUGUGUCUGGGCUCACCCCUCCAAAACCGAGACCAGAUGAGGGCCAACGUCAUCAAUGAGAUCAUGAGCACAGAGAGACACUACAUCAAACACCUCAAGGACAUCUGUGAGGGCUACUUGCGCCAGUGCAGGAAGCGUGUGGACAUGUUUAACGAUGACCAGCUGAAGGUCAUCUUUGGAAACAUCGAGGACAUUUACCGCUUCCAGAUGGGUUUUGUUAGAGAUUUGGAGAAACAGUACAACACAGAGGAACCGCACCUCUCUGAAAUCGGGCCCUGCUUUUUAGAACAUCAAGACGGUUUCUGGAUCUACUCAGAGUACUGUAACAACCACUUGGACGCCUGUAUGGAGUUGAGCAAACUGAUGAGGGAUGGCAGGUACCAGCACUUCUUCGAGGCCUGUCGCCUCCUCCAGCAAAUGAUUGACAUUGCCAUAGACGGCUUCCUGCUCACCCCUGUCCAGAAAAUCUGCAAAUAUCCGCUCCAGUUGGCUGAGCUUCUUAAAUACACCGCACAGGAGCACAGUGACUAUCGAUACGUGGCAGCAGCUCUGGCAGUAAUGCGGAACGUCACUCAGCAGAUCAACGAGAGGAAGAGGAGGCUGGAGAACAUCGACAAGAUCGCCCAGUGGCAAGCCUCGGUUCUGGACUGGGAGGGGGAUGAUAUCUUGGACAGGAGCUCGGAGCUCAUCUACACUGGGGAGUUGUCAUGGAUCUAUCAGCCGUAUGGACGCAGCCAACAGCGAGUCUUCUUCCUCUUUGAUCACCAGCUGGUCCUCUGUAAGAAGGAUCUGAUACGCCGGGACAUCCUGUACUACAAGGGCCGCAUCGACAUGGACCGCUAUGAGGUGCGGGACGCCAUCGACGGGCGUGACGAUGACUUCAACGUCAGUGUGAAGAACGCAUUCAAAUUGUGCAACAAAGACAGUGAGGAGAUCCACAUCUUCCUGGCCAAGAAGCCGGAGGAGAAGAUCCGCUGGCUCAGGGCCUUCCAUGAGGAGAGGAAGAUGGUGCAGGAGGAUGAGAAAAUCGGUUUCGAGAUCUCUGAGUAUCAGAAGCGACAGGCAGCCAUGACAGUGAGAAAGGUGACCAAACAGAAAGGUGUAAACAGGUGCACGCCCCCCUCAUACCCGCCCCCCCAGGACCCCCUCAGUGCGGGGCAGUAUGAGGUAACGGAGGACAUGGCACAAGGAGAGGUUUUUGAAUUCAGUCAAUCCAAAAGAGGCCAGGCUCCCUUCUGGCAGAAUUUUAGUAGAUUAGCUCCAUUUAAGAAAUAGAGAUACUCAGACUCUUCUGAAGGACCAGCUAUUUUUCUUAGAAGCACUAAACACUGGAUGAUCAUGUCCCAUGAUGAAGAAAAAUACGAAAAACACACGUACACAAGAGACUUUGAAGUUAAGGACCAAUGUUAAUAUAGAGUGUGAUUGGAAGCAGCGAGAGGACUGAAGACUUGAGAAAAAAAUACAACUUUACAAUUCAUAUAUGUUAGUAACGUUCUUAGUUAUCAUGCUUCUCCAGCUGAGUCAACUGUCAUGAACUCCUUCCCUUGGAUUCUGCAUACUCACGCAUCAUCUGAAUGUCCUGGAGUUGUUGAGAUUGUUUUUGAUUUCAUUUAUUAUCCAUCACAUCUGGAGAGAAUCGCGGGGUCACGCCGGGUCAUUCCUAGUUGUAUGAUUGUGUCCAAAAGCUGAGAUCUUGCUGUGCUGCUAUGUGAGAUUGUUUGUUGCAUUCUUCUGAACGAGAGAUUGAAUUAAUGACGACCCCAGCUACUGGCUGUGGUGAACGAAGGACCUGCCAAGCUCGACUGUCAGCGUCGCCUCUGAGUUAGAUCCAUCCCACCACUGAUCACAGGCUGAUCAGACCAUCUCUGCUCUACUGAUGUCUGCAUCUGGAUCUCCACUUCACUCUCAGCGCUCCACAUUCCUCUUCUCUAGCCCCUCUCUUCGCAAAGUGUUUCAGCGUUUCCCUGCAUCCCUCUUGUCCCUCUCUAUCUCUCUAUCCACCUGCUCAGCCUUUGUGAGUCAGCAGCUCUCAGAGGAGGAGGUUCAUUCCUUUGGACACCUGCCAUUGGCCAUGAUAUGAUGGGUCAGGCAACAAAUCAAUAGUCAGAACAUCAAUAGAAUAUUUACAUCCUUUCACCUACCACUUGUGACAGGGUAUUCAUAUUCGAUCACGCGAGGGUCUGUGCGCUGCAUUUGACGGAGAGCUUGCCGCUCAGAUGAAACAGCUGGGAGCAGGAGAUAGGCAGGCUAUGGUCCACCUGCCUUGUUUUGCAGUCCCUCCCCCCCCCAAUCUCCCCAGAGACCACCCCUGUAGCACUGUGCUGGCAGCUCACUGGGUGUUUGGAAAGAGCACAGCCUACCUCUGGAAAUGAGUGCUAAAAAGUGAAGUUGAUGCAUUGGCCAAGGUCUAAAAUAAUAUCUCUUUUUUGUCCGUGUCAGCUAUAAAAGAGGACUUCUUCAGUUAACUUAAUGACUUGCUCACACUUUAAAAAGCACAGCACAUAUUCAGCCUGAAUACUUUUAUUUUUUCUCUCAUUUUGAGUACGAGUGAUACAAAUAUGCAACGCUACAGUGUGAGGAGUAGUUGGAACCCCAUCCAGCACAGGGGGAAAUGGUCAAAAAAUGGAAUAUGCUGUGGGAAGUGGACUGCAUUUUGAGUCAGUGCUUGAAAAAGAGUCCACUGCAGUAGUGCGAGCCGAUACCGCAGGGAGGUAGAAAGGUGAAUUUAAUCUGUAGCAUGCAGGUGUCCUCUGACAGAUUCACGCAUCUCUGAAGACUGAAGCUUCCAAUCUUGGCUUGCCGCCCCGUCACGUUGUUUUCCAGAUCUGAUCCAUGUUCUGGCAGUUAGCUCCGGCACUAUUAAGGGAUUCACAAAGGACUGUGGCCUGAUCAGAUUGAUUUGUUUAAUCAACAAAGCCCCCGAAGCUGCUGUGUGAGAGAGAUCCUGCCACAGAGUCCUUCAGCAGAGGAGUUAGAAAAGCGACGAUCCGAGGAACUGACGAGAAACUACCAAUUUACACACAUCAUGAAGGUGUUCUUUUCUACACUUGGAAUGUAAGUGAAACAUCUGUCCAUGGUUUGUGAUCAUAUUUUGACCUCAGAUACAGAUUUUGUGUUGAAUUAUCACCAGAUGGACAGUACAUAUACAGUAUGACAACUUGUGCAAUGUGAUAUAUCAUUAUAUAUCUUCACUAUUCACUACAACGUGAUAUGAAAGAGUUAUAUAUUGUUCUAUGUCAUUUGUUUGCCUUCUUACAGGCCUUAUAACCUAUUGGAGGAAAAAAAAGACCUUAGAAAAUUCCUUUGUAUGUUGUGUAAUUUAUGUUCUGUUUCAGUAAAGAAAGUUGAGAAAUGGGUGAGUUGGCUGCUGGUGUCUGUAGAGAUGGCUCCCAGUGAGAUUGUUUUGGAAGAUUAUUCUCUUGUCUGGCACAGCAAAAAGAUAUGGUUCCCAGGCCAUGAUAACCUCAGGUCCCGUGCUACGCCCACCCUCCCCAUCUCCCCCGCUCCUCCUCCUCCUCCCACCCCCUCCACCACCACACACACUCACACACACCUCCCUUUUCAACACUACCACCAGUACCAACAUGCAGACACAAGCAUGCAGGCAAACACACAACACUGACACACAUGAUACGCACUUGCUGGCCCGUUCUGCUGCGGAGAAGAGAGAUGCUAUCUAACAGUGCCUUCCAGCAUUCCACUAGUGAUUAUCUAUUCAGUUUCACAGGCAGAUUUGAAUUAGUCAUGUAUUUUCCCUUCAGUGCAUCUCUCACUCUCUUCCUUUCUCUCUCUCUGUCUCUCAUCCACGCUGGGAAUUCCUUGUUCCCCAGUGCAUGAGAUCCACUCGGACAGAAACUUUAGAGGUCAGGCCUUUUCCAUAUGAGUAGAUAUACUGUGCUGUCUGACUGAAACACCUAAAAACACCUUUAUUAUAUUCUGUCGCACUUACAUAGCAGCAAUUUUAUUGCACAAGAAUUUCAGAUGUUUAGAAACUGCAUAGAGUUCAUUUAUUGUUAUCUAUUUAACAUACUAAAGAUGGUUUAAUUUGAAUAUAUAGUAGGAAACAGAGUUUUCAUUAGUCAAGUUUAGGUUUCACAUUUCAAAGUAUAUUAUUAACAGCGAGUUAUGAAUCAAAAGAAGAAUCAUCUAUUUUACCUUUAUCAGCUACACACUGUAAAUACUGUAAAAAGAACAGAUCAUAUAUUUGGAUAUUGGUAUUUUGCGUUGGAGACGAAUGUUGUUCCAGUUCUAGCGUGCGGUAGACCUCAGUACCAGGUAAAUGCAUGCUUGUGGCAUCCAAUAUUUUGCAUGAGACUUAAGGCAACUCUUAACAGAUUGUUUAGUUUCAUUUAACUUCCAAUUGAAUUUUGUUUAUUGUUUUUUUUUUCUCCUAUUUUUUUCCACAAUGCGGAACCAUUCAUUUGUAAAACCCAUAACAUCUCACUAAAGGGAGUUCUUUUCUCUGUCCACCUGUCUCCUGCUCACUACACAUUACAGGUUGUAGCUUCUGUUUUUUAUUUAUUGACAAGUGGAGGGAAGCUUCUUUUCCUCACGCUGAAUCAAAGACUGAACUGUUGAUAGGUGAAAUGAAAGGCACUGAUGUUCUCUUUGCCCAGAUGAAAUGGGUACUAUAAACUGUAACAUUAUUUUAUAGCUUUUCUUUUUUUUUUCUUCUUUAAGUCCAACCUACACUGUCAUGCUCCAGACUGCUGGUAAUGUUUCUUUGGAAUGCCAUUAUCUGCGGAGGCAAAACGGGUAUAAUUUUUCUAUGACAACAGUGAACCAAAUAGGAGUUAGCACUGAUCAUGGGUGUUUGUGUAUAGAUUUGUAGUCAAGCAGAAGAGCUGAAUAAAUUCGAAAACCUCUCGGGAUGAGCUAAAAAUACACAUAAUCCUGAAGACACAUACACACAGUACUUCAUUGCAAUUCAUAUCAUGCUCUUGUUUCUACUUAAGAAAUGAUUCUUUGAAGUACAAUGACUUGACAUCACAAAUUGAUUCCUCACUUGUAUUUAUUGACAGCAGUAUUACAAUGUGGCCACGCUGUUUUAAAGGUUGUAUAUAUUUGCUUUUAUUUUCCUUAUAUAAUUAUGAAUCUGACCUUGUACGGGGAGCUGAGAGGACAGCCUUCUGUGCAGUUGAAUUUUUUUUCCCUUCUCUCUUUCCGGUCAUAUAGCCAAGACAGCCAAGUUAGCAGACUGUCAAGCGAAUGCAGCAGACGUUGCUCAGAUUUCUGUUAUUCCUUUUAGUCCAGGGUCUAGUUCACUCACAUUUAAAGCAGAGCGACAUCUUCAGUAGGAACUCCUUUGCAGUCGAUCACCCAAGUCCUGUGUUGUUUCAGAAUAGUCAGGGUACAAGUCUUCAAUGAGCCAUAUUCUGAUGUGGUUUUUCAAUGACAACAAGGUUAACAGAAGACUGACAUCCCCCAUUUGGAAACUAUUCAUUGUAUAUUACCAUCUAGUUUGAGGUCUAGAUUUUUUCCUAUCACAGAACAAUUUACUCACGGUAUCCAUAUCCUUUCGUCACCAUAUGCAAACAUUUGUCAUUUUCUUUCUUGCUGGCCUUUUGAGUUCAAUUAUUUGUUGUAGAAAUGAAAAACCUGAAAAAUAAUGCCUAUUCAAUCCAGAAACUGUGAAUGGGAGAGUGGAGAUGUUAACUGUAUGUACAUUAUAUGUUUUGAUGUAAUCAGACGCACUGGGAAUAUGUUGUACUUCGCUGUAAAAAAUAAAUCCAUAUCUGAUAUAGCUGUACUUUUGUUGAAAAUAAAACCUCUACAGAA